GCACGGAUUACUGAUAUUGACUCUAACUCCGAUGAACUUUCCCCUCCAUUCAAUGCAUUCUUACUGUACCUCCUACAUCUUACCAAUCCAGAUCUCACCUUAGAAAAUUCGCUCGAGAAUAUCCUCAUAAUUCCUUUUUCAAGCACGUUCUUUGCGAUCUAAAUUGCGGGGUGUUAUCACAAGCCACUCAACGUCGGCAUAGAUUACGUGCUCGCUCUGGACGGUAUGGCUACAUGAAACGCGUUUGGCAGAGUGGGGUUUAACCGCGCCGAGAAUUGUUUGAUUUCCCGGAGUCAAGGAAGGUUUAGCCAGACGGGCAGAACACUGAACAAAUCUGCGGACGAGGAGAAAGGUUGGAGAAAUACCAUUUCACGACAACAUCGCGUAAGAAGACGAGACGGUGCUUAUAUGGGCCUCUCCCGAACCCAAUUCUGCACUUUAUAUUCCGCCUUCCCCUUUGAAACUUCGACCGAACCAUCGGAGAAGCAGCAUUAUCUCGCAUUCGAAAUCAGACAGAAUCGGGGACGAUUCGCACGCCAUCAGUCCAAAGAAUCAACGUACCUUGAGCAUUCAAACAAGGUAUUACCCGGCUGGUAGCCCAGGUUGAGCAAUUGAUUGGAAGAACCGGCUUCUGCCAAAGUUCUAACCCAAAAUGGGUCUCUUGUAGGUGCCUUUUUGGGUUCAAGGCAUGCGAACUUGAUGCUGAUAUGGAAAUGUUAAAGGGCUUUAGGAACCCCAUUGGAUUGGCCCGAGGCGAAACAAGUUGCAAAUCAUGUCCGCGAAUGGGGUAUAGAGGUGAGAUUUCGGGAACAUGUUCCGAGAGUACUGCUGGGAGACAAGACUAAUCGGUGGUAGCAACUGCUGGCAGUUUGGAAUAAAGCAAAGGGAAAGGAAAGAGAUGCUUUACUCUGGGGUGAUGAGGUCGGUCAAAGGAAGAUUGGGUACUGGAAAGCCUCUAAAUGUGUUCUAGGUCGAAUAUCUCGUGGUUACAUACAAAGACGGUACUCCAAAAGUCACUCUGUCCCUUCGACAAGCCGAUAUUCUGGAUGCUCUUGCACGCGAUGAAACGCUAUCCGAGGAAGGGGGAUGUGUGCCCGACUUACAGCUUGUUGGGUAUGUGACCAUGUGCCCUAACCUGCAUCGCACCUCUAACAAAACACAGAGGCGCACUUCCUAUCUUCCACCCCGAAUUCGGUCGCUUUAUGCUAGAGGCCACACCCGGAAAGCCUUGGGGAAUUGGUUUUCGAGAUCUUCUUGAUGUAGAACCUAAUAUGAAAUUGAGGUAAGAAAGAAAAAAACCCCCGUAAUUCAGGAGCUCGUUUAACAUGGAUUAGACGAAAGAUUGCGAAAGAACACAUGAAUCCUGAAGAAUACCCCAUCACCCUAACCACCUACCCUCAUCUUGGAUGCCCUGGUACUUUCACAACUCCCUACUAUCCACCAUCUGGAAAUAAGCUUCGUUCACAGUUUGUACCUGAUGAAAUUGCAAACCCUCAUAUUCGUUUUCCUACAUUGGCCGCCAACAUUCGUUCUCGUAGAGGUCAUAAAGUUCAAGUUAAUGUUCCUGUAUUCAAGGACAAAAAUACUUCUUGGCCCUGGAAAGAUCCCACGGUCAACUAUGAUCUACACAAGUAUCCUGAGGAUGAUGAUGUACGGCAAGGUGCAGCACCAGAUAACUUUAUUCAUAUGGAUGCAAUGGCAUUUGGCAUGGGUAGUUGUUGCUUGCAAAUCACUUUCCAAGCCAAAAAUAUCACGGAAGGUAGAAAAAUGUAUGAUCAGUUGAGUCCGCUUGGCCCAAUUUUGCUUGCAUUAACUGCUGCAACGCCAAUAUACAAAGGAUUCCUUGCAGACACCGAUGUUAGGUGGAAUCAAAUCAGUGCAGCGGUUGAUGAUAGAACACCUGAAGAGCUUGGGGAAAAGGUAGAUGCCCGUUUCUUCCCCUGAUAACCUUUUGCUAACAAUUUAGCCUCUUCAAAACGAUCGCUGGAGAAUACCAAAGUCUCGUUAUGCCUCUAACUCCACCUAUAUUUCAGAGGACCCAAGAUUACGAAAAGAAUAUUUGGAUCCAAACCUCAUUGUGGACGCCGAUGUGAAGCAAAAGCUUAUGAAUGGUGGAAUGGAUUCUCUCUUGGCUACCCAUUUUGCUCACCUUUUCAUCCGCGACCCAAUCGUUGUUUUCUCCGAAGACCUGGAAAAGCUAGAUCUGGAUAAAAGCGACCACUUUGAAAACCUCCAAUCCACCAAUUGGCAACACAUUCGGUUCAAGCCACCACCAACCGGUAGCGAUAUUGGUUGGCGUGUCGAGUUCCGUCCUAUGGAAAUUCAAAUAACCGAUUUUGAAAAUGCCGCCUUUUCAGUAUUCAUCGUUCUCAUCACUCGAGCGAUUCUAAGCUACGAUCUCAAUUUCUACAUACCCAUUCCUAAAACCGAUGAAAAUAUGGAAACAGCUCAUAAACGAGAUGCUGUCCUGCAAGACAAAUUUUUCUUCCGCAAGAACCCCUUUCCUACGAGAUACCCACGACCAUACUCCGCUAAUGGAGGCGUCACUCCAACUGGCACCACCACCCCCGCCGUCCUCUCUCGCCCUCCUACACCUACCGGCCCAGUAGAGGACGAAUACGCACUCAUGAGCAUCGACGAGAUCAUGAACGGGAGUAAACCCGAUUCGGCAAACAACUUCCCCGGUCUGAUACCCAUCGUUGAGAGUUACCUCGAUAGCAUGAAUGUAGACGUAGAGACAAGAUGCGAACUGGCUUCCUAUCUGGACCUUAUCCGUAAACGCGCGAAUGGGUCUUUGUGGACGGCAUCAAAGUGGAUUCGGAAUUUCGUCGAUUCCCAUGAGGAUUAUAAACAUGAUAGUGUUGUUGGGGAGACGAUCAAUCAUGAUCUUAUUGGGGCGGUGAUUGGGCUUGAGGGAGAGGGAAAGAGAGAAGCGAAGGAUGUGGACAGGUUUCUGGGCAGGUUUUAUAGGCCUUGUGGUGGGGAGACAAAGUAGGGGCUAGGUGGGAGGAGGUUGGUAUAUUAGAUUAUAUAUGUGACUUGGAUGAGUGGAUGGGCGUUUGUGGUCGUGGCGUGGCGUGGCGUGGCGUGGUGUAUAUAGAGACUUGCGUGGUUGGUUAGUGGGAAUAGGAUAGAUUGUUGGUUGGAUAUACUACUGUUAGUAACGAUAUUCUGGCUAUCUAUGGGUGAUUAUUUUGCGUUUUUGGAAUGUGGUAUGAUAUACAUGAUUUUCUUUGUUAUUUGUUACCUGGUACUGUAGUGUGGAGAGAAGACUGGAU